UUAAACUGAAUUAUUUGAAAGGCAUUGGCUGGAAAAAUUUGAAUUCUGUCAGCUGCUUCAAAAAAGGCGCUGUACUGUGCCUUCAAAUGGUGUGUUGUUAUUUCUAACUCGGUGUUGUUUUACUUGAUUUUUAGUAAUGAAAGGUUCCUUAGCUAGUUCGGAAAUAUCUACAAAUACUGAAGAUUCAGGAGAUGAUAAUGAUGAGACUUCUAGUGUUGGUAGUAAUACCACAGAUAACGCUUCAUCCCGCAGUGCAACACCUACACAGCACCGUGUGAGUAGAAGAGGUAGGCGUGGAAAACAGAAACCUACGAAGCCUAAACUGCAAUAUAAGUUUACGUGUAGCGUAAAAGAGGAACAUGGACAACCACUGUUCGGUGCUCAGAUCAAUCACCUUCUUAAAGAAGGCCAGCCGCUCAUCUUCGCCGCUGUUGGUAGCAACAGGGUAACUAUUUAUGAGUGCCCGGAAGGAGAUGGUAUUAAUCUCUUGCAAUGCUAUGCCGAUCCUGAUACGGAAGAAAAUUUUUAUACUUGUGCCUGGUCCUACGAUGAUGACAAUGGGCGACCUCUAUUGGCUGUUGCCGGCUCUCGUGGUAUUAUUAGAAUUUUAUCGCCAUACGUGAUGUCAUCGAUAAAGCAUUAUAUAGGCCAUGGACAUGCCAUAAAUGAGUUGAAAUUUCACCCUCAGGAUCCAAACAUACUUCUUUCAGUUUCAAAGGACCACACCCUGAGGCUGUGGAAUAUAAAAACGGAUGUAUGCAUUGCCAUUUUUGGAGGUGUUGAAGGACAUCGUGAUGAAGUUCUUAGUGCAGAUUUUGAUAUGCGUGGUGAAAAAAUAAUGUCAUGUGGAAUGGACCAUUCGUUGAAAUUAUGGCGUCUUGACAAAGAUUAUAUUCAGGAAGCAAUGAAGGCAUCAUACUCGUUUUGCACUGCCCGUUCUCAAAGGCCUUUUGACUCUUUAAAAGAGCAUUUUCCAGACUUCUCAACUAGGGAUAUCCAUCGCAAUUAUGUUGACUGUGUUCAUUGGCUUGGAGAUUUCCUACUUUCAAAGUCUUGUGAAAACUGUAUAGUCUGUUGGAAACCUGGAAGAUUAGAAGAAAAAGAAUUAAGAAACAACGAAACUAAUGUCACUAUUAUUCAUAGGUUUGAUUUCAAGGAAUGCGAGAUCUGGUUUGUUCGGUUUGCAUUAGAUUUCUGGCAAAAGAUUUUAGCACUUGGUAAUCAAGUUGGAAGAACCUUUGUCUGGGAUUUAGAUGUUCAAGAUCCUACCCGUUCACAGUGCACUGUCCUCUCUCAUCCUAAGUGUAAUACUGCCAUCCGCCAAACAACUCUUUCACGAGAUGGUUCAGUUCUUCUCUGCGUUUGUGAUGAUGGAACAAUUUGGAGAUGGGAUAAGAUACUUUAGCUAUUAAGUUAAAACUAUGUAUGGUUACAUUCGAUUAUUCCAGCUAGAUAGGUUGUAAGUUGAAAAGAAGAUUAUAAAAGAAACAUAGCUCAGGAUAUACUGCCUUAAAAACUUCAGACUUUCAUCGAGCAUUGCGUGUACAUAUGCUUUUUUAAUAAUUUUUAAAAAAUAAGAGGCUAACAAAAAUAUUUUUAUCAUAAAAGUGCUGUACUAUAAUAUUGAACUUUCAACUUACGAAUUAAUUUAUUAAAUGUGUUGUAUACAUGGAAUCAUGUUCACUUAUCAUCCUUAAGGAGUUAGAUUAAUAAAUUAUUAGUUUAAAGUAUGUAUAUCUGUCUGUAUAAUAUUUUUAAAAAAUAUUGUAUGACUUUUAUUGAAAUUGUUAGUUAAAUAAUAGAUUUAAUUAAUUAUCUGCAGGAAAUAUAUGCAUUAAAAGUAUUUCAUAUAUCUUUGUUGAUUGAAGAAAAUAGUCAGUUAUUUAGACUCAUAAUUUUCCAAAUUUAUGUAUUGAUUCUAAUUUAAUUGCUCUAUGUCUUCUACCACAUUUGUGUUCCUGUUAAUUAAAAUUUUCUAUUGCAAAUGCCUUUGUAAAGGCUGAUUUGCUUUUAUUGAUUUUAUAAUGCUUAUAUUUGACCAUUUUUUCAAUUUUUUAAAUAAAGUUAUUUUAUUUAUUUGUGUCAUAA